CGUCUCAAGAGGUAGUAUUUCCGUGUGGAUGCUCUGAUAGUGCUGCUUCGCCCGCGCUCCCCGAAAAUCAGAAGCGAAACGCGCGCGGGAGGACACGAGGAGCGGCGCUGGGAAGCACAGCAGGCCUCGACGGCGGCGGCGCAGGUCAGCCCUCAUCCUCCUCUUAUCUCCCCGCCCACCCCCCUCCUUUCUCUCUGCGGCGUUAAGCGUCGGCCCAUCUGCCCCUCACGACGGCGUCCUCCAUGUCGGAUGCGGCUCGACCACCACGGCCGCUGCCUCCUGCCACUCAUGGCGACCGCCGCGUCGCCCCCUCACCCACCACCGCCGGGACCCCAUGGCGACCGAGCCUUUUCCCCUCGCCCCCAUGGCGGCUGCUGUUGUGGUUGAGAAUAAGAAACAGUGACCUGUCCCACCUGGCGCAAAUGCCUUGUUACUACGAUGUUGCCGACAUCCUCAUGGAGGAGGAGCUUAUUUCGGUUGUUUUCCAAGUAACUGCAAAUGGCGUUGGUCUGCUAGAUCCUGGUGCCGAGAGAAACAGUGUUGAAAAGGGUGCUAAAGUAGACCUUCCAUUUUGGCUUGCGCAUGGAAUGCUGUCUCUGGAACAAGCGGUGUCAAUAACUGUCCCUCCUUGCUUCACCCAGAAAACUCGGAAGGAGAUCCAAGCUGAUGCAGCCUGUGUUGAUUUGAGGGUUCGGUGCCCUUACUUUUAUGAGCUUGGAUGCAAGAUUGUUCCUCUGUGAUAAAAUUGACCCAAGUCACCCAACCCAUCUGGUUUACUGUCCACAUUCAGUUUGAAAGACCCCCCGCAGGAGGUGGAGUCCUCACUGCUGUUCCAAUUUUGUCAGUUCUGUGAAAUAUUGUUAGGUGUUGGCUUUGUAGUUCGUACAAUGAGCAAGGGAUACCAUGAAGUUGUUAUGUAGUGAUGUUUGGGCAUCUCCAAUGGGAGGCGCUAGGCCAGGGCGCCAGGAAAGAAAUCCCAGUAGAUCGUCGGUUAGGCUGUUUAUUCCCAGCGCCUAGUGUGGCAUUGAUGCAAAGAAAAGCAUCGAGCGCUAGGCUGUUUCCUUUCACGCACGAGAGCUGGGCACUUCUUUCUAAUUGGUAAUUAGAGCCUGUUAUUAGCGCCUCCCAUUCGAAGAGAGGGUGCUAGAUCCCUUUUUAUUUUCUGGAUAUUUAUUUUUCACGCCACAAGCGCCUAUAUAGGCGCCUACCAUUGGAGAUGCCCUUAUAUAUUAUCCACCCCCCCCCCCCCCCCACACACACACAGACACACACAUUCUUAAUACAUUUCACUGUACCAUUCAAAGUUUGUUUCUAAAUGCAUAUCAUCUACUAUUUGAGGUAACUUUACACCAUUUUUUCCUUUUGUCUAUUCCCAAUCCCAUUAAUUUGUAUGGACUAGACUAUGUGACUAGCACAAAACUUUGAAAGGUAAUAAGUGGUGUAAUAGAGGGGGAAUUCGAUCUUUAACCCCACACUUGAGUUAUUACUUCCCUACUAUAAUGGUCAGACUAAAUUAUUUUCCUCGCCGAAUUAUGAAGU